AUGCGUUACAAGAAACUGGAUACUGUGGUGUNUGGUGCCGAUGCCCUGUGCUAUGUUGACAAAAUGUUCAGCAGGGGACUGACCCAGUCCGAUUUCGUGGUGGUCUACGAGCUGCUGUGCGGGAUCUUCCCACUGUCCACGUUGCCGUAUGAAGGGACCCACCCCUGGGGCGCUUUGCUCACCAGACACAUUGUCCACCGGGAACGCAGUAACACAGUGCUGGUGUCCACUCUCGAGCUACUCAGUACCGAUGUCUCGUUGGGACCACAGCUGCCACGGGUACCCACGGACGUGCUACAUAAAAAGUCACUCUCCGCCAUCCUCUCGAGGGUACAGCAACAGCACCCGUUCCAGAAGUUCCUCGUGGAGCUGCAACGGACACUGCAGAGGCUCGACCAACGUGGCUGUAUACAUUGGACAGACACUCACAGGAGGUACCACAUGUACCAAUAUGUCAUAAGAGGGAAUCAUGUGGUCAAAAGUGGUACCAGGUUGGUCCCAUGGUCAUUCGUGACAUACUCCAGUGAUUACUGUUGUGGUGUUGUUGAGGUGUAUCCUUGCCGUGUGGGUGAUGCCCAGAUAGAUGACGUGUUCGUCCACGGGAUGGGUAACAUGUUACUUGGUGACGUCGUUGGUGACAUGGUAAAGGUGACGGAACCAAAGAAAGUUCCCACUUGCACUGGAUCACCACUGGAUAAUGCAAUUUGA